AUGCUGCAAAAUCCGAAUACCUGCAUUCUUUGCCGCAGAAAGAUGCAUGUAGAUGAUUCAGUUUCUAUUUCUUGUGGCCAUUGUUUUCAUUUUGAGUGUUUAGAAAGAGUUUUAGCGACCAAUAACGAGUGCCCUCAAUGUAGAUUCAAUAUUGAGUUCAGAUUAACCGAUGAAAUUCCAAUAGAAAUGAAAGAUUCAACAAUAUUUAUUGAAAAAUCAUUUGAUCAUAAAAAAGAUCCAACGAUCUUCUUAACAGAAAUCAUUGAAAGUAAAUUAAAUGCAAUUACCACAGAUAUUUAUGGAACUUACAUUGAUAUCGUUACAACUUUAUCAAAAUACGAUAAUUUUGUUUGUGUUGAGUGGAGGAACAACAAUUACACUGAACUUGGCGAUGAUUGCGAUACUGAAUAUAUAAAUUUGAAACAAAAUUUGGAUUUCAAUUACAAAUAUACUGGAAAUCCACGAGGAAUUAACUGGACAGAAUAUGGUAUUGAACCAAAGACUGAACCAUAUAUUGAAAGCAAACAGAUCCCUGAAAAUAACGAAGAUAAUCAAAAGGAUUCUCAAAAUGAAGAAGAAGACAAUACAGAUAAUCAUGAUCAAACAGAAACACAUAAUAAUAUAGAGCAAAACGACGAUAAUCAGAAGUUAGAUUCUGAUAAUCAAGAUAUUGAAGUCAGUGAUGAUGAUUCUAAUGAAUUAAAUAUUCAGUCUACUCAGAAAGAUGAUGACAAAGAACAAAAUGAAGAAAUACUUAAUGAUUCUAAUCAAAAUAUAGAAAUAGAACCAAAACAGAUCGAUGAUGCUUCAGAACAAGAAGAUAAUGAUAACAGUAACAUGGAUGAAUCAAAUGAGGGCGAAAUCAACAAUACACAAAAUAAUUCAAAUGAUAUUGUUGAAGAAAAUAAACCAGAAUUACCAUUGGCAACUACCAAUGACAUUGAUGAAGUAGAACUUUCUAACGGUGCUACUUCAGAGAAAAAUAAUACAGAUAAUAUAGAGAUAGAGGAACUUAAUAGAGAAAACAAUAAAGAACAUACAGAAGAUGAACUACAAUCUGAAAAUGAAGGAAUUUCAGAGACAAAUAAUGAUAAUGAAAUUGAUUCAAAUAUCGAACCAGUUUCUAACGUAAAUCCUGAAAAGGAAGAAUCAAAUAGUGACAAGACUGAUAAUACAGAUGAAAAACAAGUAAAAUUUGAUGCAAAAUCAGAUAAAAUUGCAAAUGAUCAAAAUACUAAAGACACAAAGCUUAAUGAGGAAGAGAACAAAGAUAAGUGUGAUGAUUCACCAACACCCAAUGAAGAAAAAAUGGAUGAAAAAGAAAAAUCUAAACAAAAUCUUACAAAACCUGAAGGAAAAGAGAAUAUUCCAGCUCCUGAUACAAAAGAAGGCCAAGAAAAACAUAUUUCUAUAGAACAGAAAGCCGAAGAUCAUUCAGCAACUGAAAUUGCGAAAGAAUCUUCAGUUUUACCAACUUCAAAUCAAGAGAAAAUUGAAGAAAAAUGCGAUUCAACAGAUCCAGUAAAUGACGCAGAAAUUUUGUCUCCCUCAAAUUGUCAUUUAUCCACCCAAACAGAGCUAUUGAAAACUGCCGACCAUUCAAAUAUGGAAAUUCCAAAGGGCCCGUAUUCUAAUAUCCACGUUGUUGUACUUGCAAACAGAGAUGCCAAUAUUCGCGAAGUAUUUGGCAGAAGCCAACAAAUCGGAUUCCUUAAGAUCGGCAAUAUUCCAUUAAUAGAACACGUUCUUUCUCAUUUGAAUAACUUAGGAUUCAACAGAAUCACUCUUGUAUGCAAGGAAAUUGAUUAUUCUGCAUACCAGACUUACUUGGAUUCUAAAUUUGAAAAUGUAAAUAUUAAAUGUUUCGAUGGAGAUAAAACAGCAACAUGCCAAGUCAUUCGCCAGCUUUAUACAAAGAAGACCCACAUAUUAGUCUAUCCAAUUGACCUCGUUACCGUUUGUGAUAUUACGAAAAUUGUUGAUCAGCAUAUUCAAACAGACGCUUCGGUUACUCUUUUCACAACAAAAUACGCCAUUUCGAACAAAGAACUCGAAGAUGCUCCAGGAACUGGUGUCGCAAUCAGUACUACAGGCAGACACUUCUUUGUCGUUGAUGAAAGCAACGAAUCCAGACUUAUCGCACUUCUUGGCGAUAUGGAUGCUCAUCGCUUUGAUCUUGACCUCAAUUUGAAGAGCGAAGAUGCAUAUUUCGGUGACGCCCAACAGAUAGAGAUUAGCGCUGAAAGCCUUGCCAUGUGCAACUCAAUGUUCAUCGAUUCUUCGAUCAAACUUACAAAUUCAUAUCUUAUCUCUCCAAAAGGCAUGAAGUACCUUAUGGACAACGACGAAAUAUGCUCAAUAGAAAACGAAUUUAUUCCACGUCUUUGCAGCUUAAAGGAACAUAAAGUUUUCUCUUAUAUGACAGAUGAUAAAACAGUUACGCUUAACGUUCAAGACUUCGUUUCCUUGUACCACAUUAACAUGAAGUGGGGCAACAAGGAGCUCAUGGUCAAAGAAAAUCCGAAUAAGAAAGAAUCAGAACAAGAAAAUAAGUCAUUACCAGAUUUCUUCAAGAAAGAAAACUACUCAGAACCACAGAAUAUUAAAUGCGAUGAAAGGGCGAUCAUUCGUUCAAUUCUCGAUGAAAGUGUUACAAUUGGCGAAGGAAGUAGAAUCACUAAGUGCAUCAUUUAUGACCAUGUUGUCAUUGGUGAUAAUGUACACAUCUCUAACUCUAUCAUUUGCCCACACUCAAGUAUUCCUUCGAAAUCCAAGAUUAAUAAAUGUUUUGUAUCUCCACAGUUCUCUUCAAAGUCAGAGGUUAAUGAAGAGAGAUCAAUUGUAAGGGUGAAAAUUUGA